AUGGCCUAUGCGGCUCUCAUGUCCGACAUCGAGAGCGCCAUCAAGCCCAACUCUGCAGCGGAUGACGCGGAGCCGCGGCUGCGCAGCAACUGCUCGAGCACCUCCAGCGACUCCGAGAGCUCCACAUGGCUGCAGUUUGCUGAAGUCGACGGGCGGCCUCCACCACGAUGCUUCGUAAAUGCAGAAGUGGAGCAUAUGGCCAACGAGAAGAACCGCGCCCUAAGAUAUCGGGAAAUUGCAGGACCUGCCUAUAAGCUUCUUUUCGAGACCGUUGUCGCAUCGGUGUUGGGGCCCACUGUGAUUUUCAUCUUGGUCUACCUGGGCUCCUCCUGUGAGAAUGGCAUGGACAAACCUGUCCCUUAUUGGAUCUGGUUCUGCGCCUUGCCCUUUGCACUGCUCCAUUUCGUGCAAGAGGUCCGCAUCUUUCGCUACACAGUCGUACCCUACUUCCAGGUAGUGGGCCGGUUUCAGAUGCUCAAAGUUCAGAUGGGGCCAGAGCUUUGGAUCCUCAUCAAUGCUGCCAAGUCUUUGGCAUUUCAGGGGGCUGUGUUUUCGAACGCAGUCUUUGCUGCCCGGACGUUUGCCACCUCCCACUGUCCUCUACCAUACCAUGGGCACACUCCUGAGGGGGAUUUCUCGACGAACACGAGCUUCGAUGAGAUUUGGCAAAUUACGUUGCGGCAGUCCAGCUUCGUAUUCUUUAUGCGCGACGUCCCGUUGUCCGCUCAGGUGCUGUUUUUCUGGCUCCUAUCCUUCGCACCCUUGAUCCAUGCCAUCUUGGAGUCUCUGCCAAGCGAUCAAUGGAUUUGGGAGCUGGACUUUACCUUAGACAUGGAGAAACCCAAUGGCCAGUCGGCCGGUGCAGCCGACAACUCCGGUGAGUACCAAAACUUCCUUGGAGGAACCUUCACCUUCGGGGACUCCGUUAUGAUGCUGUCGAGUGGCCUGGGCAUGUACCUCAUAGACGAGCAGAGCCCCUCCUACCCACGGGUCAAGACCUAUCGUGUCUUGGACAAGCUUCUGCAUUGCCUAAAGAAAGACCACGGCAACGAUGACAACUCAGUGACUUCAUCCCAGGAGGCGUUGAACGACAUGCGGCAGCCCCUCCAAAUUUACACAAGGAACGCCUUGACCCGCUGUUUCUUAAAAGUGAUUACAUUGGGCCUCUUCAACAGUGCGCUGCAGAUCCACGUGCAAAUCUCGGUCUAUGCCAUGUUUCGGGCUACCGCUCAGAACAAGACCGUGGACUUCCAGCGCUUAGUCUCCAUCGGCCUCAGCUUGGGUGGUGCCCUCUUCUUGUUGAUCAACGUGGAGAAGGUGCUUUUCUAUGGCCACACGGCCAUUCGGAAGGUGGAGGACGUCAUGGCACACAUCAACGAGUCUUCAAUGCCUGUGACCUGGAAGGACUUGAAGAACUACUUCGCCUACCGCUCUGCCGAGAUGCAGGUCAUUCGAUACCGGGGCUACGUCCGUUAUUCUGCCAUCACCUUCGUCCUGUGCAUCGGCUUAGCCAUCACAAAGCUGUGCAUGGUUUUCCGAUGCCCCGACUCUAUGUGGAACCUGGGCUCUCACCACUCCUGCGUGGACCUGGCAUCUGUGCUGGUAGUGUCAAAUACCUGA